GUGUAAACUACUGGAGCUGGCAGUGGAAUGUCCCAAAUACAUCCUGUCAGGUGGAGUCCGAAGCGGCUGCCAAUUCCCCAGAAAUUCGCUGGCUGAAUUUUCUGAUAUCAUCUUCUGCGUAAACGGCUCCUCCUCUGAAGGUUCCCUGAAGCCCGUCUUUGCAUCACUGCAGAUCCAAAACCACAUAAAGCCUGCAGCCGUGGAAAAGAUGGAUCUGAAAACAAGUUCAGACGAGCAGCUGGAGCUACUCUGGGAAAAUCCUGUGAGGAUCCUUCCUGGACACUGCAUGGAGUGGGAGGUGGAACACAGUCAUGAGAGACCUGAUGGAAAUAGAACAUUGAGAACCAUUGAGAUCGAAGAGACCACCAGCCUGACUCUGCCAUUCAGCCCCCACAUGGAGAGAGACUGCUUCCGGAUUCGCUCCAAACUGAGCACCUACUGUGUUGAUAAAAGCCUUCGGAGCGACUGGAGCGAUAAAGUGUGCUACCCAGAGAAAGUAAAGGCCGCUCCCGAGCUGAAAUCGAACUUGGUACCCGUCUACAUCUGCAUCAUUGUUGCUGUCACCAUCCUGCUGGUAGUGUCUGUGUGUGUAUGGGCAACAAUAAUAAUGAAGAAAACAGAACCGGAGAAGAAGCUGGACUCUCUGCUCGCCUCCCUGUUUGCCAAAACUUCUGCUUUCGCAGCUCCAACAAUCUUUAAAGGGAAGAACGUGUGUGCUGACAUCAUGAUCUAAGCUUGUUUCAAGUAAAGUUCGUUUUUGUUUGUUUGGAUUUUUUGCACUUGCACAUUUUUCAAGGCCAUCCCCUGAAACUGUAACCACUGAAGCACAUUGUGUCACAGUACACUGAAGCUUGUACUGUCUUAGAAUAACCAGCUGCCUAUUGAUUCUUACAGUGCCCAUCUGGUGACAUUGGACUAAAAAAAUAUCUCAUUGCCACAAGAUAAUUAUUGCAGUCAUUUCCAUGCAGAGAGUGUUGAUUGUUAACAUGAUACGUUUAAAUUAAUUCUGUUUUAUUUUAAUAUAAUGAAUGACCUAAUUCAAUCAUUUGCAGUUAGGCCAGAAGGAGUUGGAGUUAUGUUGCAUUCAGGAACACAGUAAAAAAUCAAUUUCCUGCCACACAACUAUAAAUGGGCUACUAUGAAAUAUGAUUUUUUUUUUACAUUAAACAUAAAAUAAAAUAAAUAAAAUAAUAAAUGUGGGGCACCUUUGAACAGUUAAACACAAAACACCAUAGUCAUGUUUAAUCUGACUCCAACAAUGUCUUUAUUUUUCACAUGGAGACAUGGCUGCUCAGUGCUCAAAAUGAUCUAGGGGAAAGGCUUUUUUUAACUCGUGGCCAUGCGUUAUAAUCGUGGCCAUGCAUUAUUAUCUCUUGGCCAUGAGACACUUCUUUUUUUUCUAAUGUCACAGGACAGGUACUGUAGAUUUGACAUUUAUUGAUGUUUUUAUUUUUGACCGUCUCUUGAGGGGAGAACACAAUGGAUUGUUUACAUUUUGCCUAAAGUCUUGCAGGCUGAUUUCAUUUAGCAGAGACUGAGCAGUGAACAUUGUUGCAUCACAUCAGGGAGGUCCUGGGUUGGAACAUCUUUUUGUGUGGAGUUUGUAUGUUCUCCUUGUCUUGCAUCUUCAGACCCAGACCUCCUUUUACAAAGAGAUCUAUGAUCUCAAUGGGAUAAAGAAAAAAAAUGUUGUAGAUGCACCGUGGAGAAUUUGUUUUUAUGUUUGUGCCAGAUUUCUUGCCAAGAUAUUUAGUUACCAGUAAUUACUUAUUUUUGAGUAUUAUUAAAAUCAUAUAUAAAUAUGCAUACAUACUUAUUUUUAUUUAAUCCUGUUUAUAAAUCGUUCUUGUCAGUCUUGCCAUCCAAGAAACUGAGAUUGUUUUGUCAUGUCAAAAAGAAAAAAAAAGAAAAAGUGAGGGUUAAUAUUUUUGAAAUGUCUCUGUUGCACUCUUUAAGCCAGUGAAGCCUUCACUUAACUACGUAUAAUGUUUGUGAUGCAACUUUAUGUUCGACAGCACCAGAAAGGCUGAGAAUCUCAGUGCUCUCGAUGCCGAGUCAUUGCCACAGUUUUCUUUGUGGAUUGUAUUCGAAACCCUCCGAGCUGCUUUUUGUGCAACACAACAAAAUGCCUUGGUUUAAUCAAAUGUUUGCCUAAAUGGUUGAUGUGUUCCUUUUUGUUUUACAUCUUAUUUAUGACUCAUUUUAUUAUAAUUUCGGAAUAAAAAUGAAACGUAAAAAAGUACAGCUACAGUUUUGAAUAAAACGGCUGUGGACAGCAUUUUUCUACUGUAUAUUUCAAAAAUCUAAAACAAAACGCUUUGUUGCAUGUAAAAAUGAUUGAAUUGAUUUUAUUUGUAUUUGAUAUGCAAAUAUUUUCCCCCUUCUCAGUAAUUUAUUCGGUUGGAAAAAGGAAAACUUGGGCACAAUAAAAUGCAUUGUGUUUAUUUUCAUUAAGGUAUGGAUUUUCUGUGACACUGAGUAGAUAUUUGGUGGAGAAUUUGUUACCAAUGUUUUUUUAAGUUAAAUAUGCAUAAAGCUUGUGUACUGAUUAUUUGUAUGACAUGUUUCAGCUUUGAUGAUUGGGCACCACUACUAAGAUAUGCAGGAGAAAUGUUAAGUUUAUUUUUGUAUUAUUUUUUAAAUAAAGUAUUUUGCUACAGUGAU